GACUGAAGCACGCCAUGUUUCGAUUGAGGAUAAGGAAUAAUAAUAUGAGCCGGAGCUGCCACGCUCAAUUUCAGACAAUAUCCUGAGUACAGAGAAGAACCCGCCUGCGGAAUGUUGGCUCCAGCGCUAAAUUUGCCCAAAUGGCUCGAGGAAAACUCCCAUCUACUCCAGCCACCCAUCAACAACUACUGCGUCUACCACCCCUCCGCCCCCGCAACCCAAGGCUAUACGGUGAUGGUCGUUGGAGGACCAAACGUCAGAACGGACUACCACAUCAACCCCACCCCGGAAUUUUUCUACCAGCAUCGUGGCUCCAUGCUGCUAAGGACUGUCGACCAGUCCACUUCCCCGCCCACCUUCCAGGACAUCCCCAUCCACGAGGGUUCCUUGUUCCUCUUGCCUGCUAACACGCCCCAUUGUCCCGUGCGCUUUGCAGAUACGGUGGGUGUGGUGCUAGAGGUGCCUCGACCGGAAAAUGCCACGGACUGUAUGCGUUGGUAUUGUAAGGGGUGUGGAGAGAUUGUCUGGGAGAAAAAGUUUCACUGCACGGAUUUGGGUACUCAGGUCAAAGAGGUGGUCGAGGAGUUCGCUGCUGACGAUGAAAAGAGGAAAUGCAAGGCAUGUGGGUCUGUGAGGAGUGUGAGAUAUGAAGACGGGGAAGUCGUGCAGCCGCCUAGAGCACCAGAAUAGGCCCGCUAUGAAAAAGUACUAGAGCAAAUAAUGAUAUCCUCACUUGCACCAGCAUGUUUAGCUCAUCCGGAAACACUGGGGGCACUGAUAUCCACUAUACAGUUAAAGUGACUCGAAUAAUAGCCAUCGUGGAUACAAUCGUACCACACACGAUAUAUGGGCUUGAAAAGCCGACAAGGAUUUUUCAGCAAACGAAACUAGUAUAGAAAGCCGACAAAGGUGGCGAGUUGAGUAUAAACA